CAGUGCUCGGUUCCCUAUACAAGGGGAUCCCAGCACAGCAUGGAACAGUUCCCAUCUCUGCUCCUUUCUAGAUUGGGAACGUGACUUCCAUCACUGGGAAACGCUGUUAAAGCACAGUUUAAGGAUGUUGGAGCUUGGUGAUGCUAACCCGGUUGGUGAAAGUGAUCUGGCUUCCCAACCCACGUUCAGGAUUGAGUCUCUGGGCCAUGCUGAGGUGAUGGACCAAAAGGCAGGGCUGAAGGAGGUGUUUCCCCAAGGAAGCAGGGGCUCAUUGGCAGCCCCUGCUGCAGGGAGGAAGGCGAUGGCAGACAUGGGCACAGGCACAGCAGAUGCAGCCAGCACCACAACACGUGUUCCCGAUGCCCAGAAGGGCCUCAGAAGGGGCUUCUAUAUUGGAACAGGCUGCUGGGCAGGCUUAAUGGCAGGCCUGCUGUUUUUGGACCUUAUUCUCAUGUUGUGCUGUGUCAAAAUCUGGUGUAACUGGAAGAAGAAAUGGAGCACCUCUGGAACUUCCCUAGUCCAGCCAUAUACCUCAGUCAUGGGGAACUUGGCCUGUCAUCAUGCAUCUCCGUGCCAGUAUCCGUUGUCCCUUCCACAGGUGUAUUACCAGCUCAUAGCUGGAAGUAUGCUACAACCACUGCCUAGAACAGAUCCGUCUCUCCCUGAAGGGACUGGCCUAGCUGCCCAUCCAGGACAGGAGGUGCAGCCCUCUAGCCAGGGAAUGGAUUAUUCGAAAAGUUAUAUUUACUUGUAAAAAUUUUAGAUGUUUAUUAAAAACCUUAUUAGAAAUAUAACAGGACACUGAAUAAAGACAAUGUUACU